ACUCACGCCGCCUAUCCAUGGCCUAGAGUCCAAACACGGGAUAUCUUGGUCAAGGUUUCAAAACUUCCCCACCCUACCCUCCUUAUCAUCCAUCUACCCCGAUCGAGAGAGCUCCAAAACCCACAACCCAGAAACCAUGGAGAUCUCAUCUGUAACUCUAUGUUUCUCUUCCACUUCAAGAAUGCCUCCACCUUCUCUCUCUUUCUCUUCCUCCAACUCCACCUUUCUCACCAGUUUUGCCACCUCCACUUUCUUGAACAAAGCCAAGCACAAAAGUAACACUCUGGUUGCGUCCACAACCAGGACCAGAACUGAUCCGGCCAAGAAGGGUCUCACCUGCAACGCUAUGUUUGGUCUUGGCGUGCCCGAGCUGGUGGUUAUUGCCGGAGUCGCAGCUUUGGUUUUUGGGCCCAAGAAGUUGCCUGAAGUGGGAAAGAGUAUUGGCAAGACCGUCAAGAGCUUCCAACAGGCAGCAAAGGAGUUUGAGUCCGAGCUUAAAAAGGAACCCGAUUCCACAAUAGAGGCUCCCACAGAGAAACCUGCAUCCUUGAGUGAAGAGGAGAAACAAGAUAUCAAGGUUUCAAGCUCAAAAGAGAAUGUAUGAUGUUGUAGAAAUGUCAUUUAGAUAAUAGAUUGUAUCGUUGUUCAAUUGUUGUACUGAUGGGUUUUAAUAACUUGUUCAUUAAUAAUGUAGAUCAGUUUUGUGUGGAAUUGCCUUCAUGAUUAAGAUCAUUGUCGCUUAAGAGUUUUCAAGACGGCCAUUUAGAGCUUUGCAAUGGUCAAAACGAUUUUUCUUUA